AUGUUGUUCAAGAAACGUCCACAGAGUGAUGCUUAUGCCAAUGAUCUCCCUAGGGAGUCUGAGAGUUACGCCAAUGAUGUCCUAAGAGGAUCAGGAAGUGGCUAUGCCAAUGGCAUCCACAAAGAAUCAGAAUCGGCCAUGUUCCCAGGAGAGUCCGUCUCUACGGGGGGCUAUCACGAGAAGGGCCCCGGCGAUGUAGUGGAUGGACCAAUCCCUCUCUUCACCUGGCGUUCCUUCAUUAUGGGCAUUUUCGUCUCGAUGGGAGGAUUUUUAUUCGGCUAUGAUACCGGUCAAAUCUCAGGUUUCCUGGAGAUGAAGAACUUUCUAUUCCGAUAUGGCGAGCCAUCCGGUGAUGGGACUUAUCAUUUCACCAACGUGCGGUCUGGUCUCAUUGUUGCCCUGUUAUCGAUUGGUACCCUGAUUGGAGCGCUGGCCGCUGCCCCAAUUGCAGAUCGUAUCGGCCGAAAGUGGUCCAUUAGCAUUUGGUGUCUUGUGGUCUGUAUUGGUGUUACAGUACAGAUAUCCUCUCCAUUCGGCCAUUGGUACCAAGUUGCCAUGGGCCGUUGGGUUGCAGGGCUGGGUGUUGGUGCAGUGUCCCUGCUUGUACCGAUGUAUCAAGCAGAGUCAAGCCCAAGACACAUUCGAGGAGCAUUGAUCAGUACCUACCAGUUGUUUAUCACCCUGGGCAUCUUCGUUGCAAACUGCAUCAAUUUCGGCACUGAAGCUCGCUUGGACACUUCAUCUUGGCGCAUUCCCAUGGGCAUCACCUAUCUAUGGGCUUUAGUCCUCGGCAUAGGAAUGAUGUUCUUCCCAGAAAGUCCUCGUUACGACUACCGCCACAACAAAGUAGACCGAUCUAUGGAUACUCUUUCCAAGGUUUACGGCAUCCCUCGCAACCACCGUGCACUCCAGAUCGAGUUCAACGAGAUUAAAGAAAAGUAUGAAGAGGAAGUCCGCGGCGGAAAAGCUAGCUGGAGACAGCUCUUUAGGGCCCCAACAAUGAGUCGCCGCGUCGUACUUGGAGUUACCCUGCAGGCUCUCCAGCAACUCACAGGUGCCAAUUACUUCUUCUACUACGGAACAACUGUGUUCAAGGGAGCCGGCAUCCAUAAUAGCUAUGUCACUCAAAUGAUUCUUGGCGGCGUGAACUUCGGCACAACGUUCCUCGGUCUGUACUUGAUCGAAAACUAUGGUCGUCGCAGGUCUCUCAUCGCAGGUGCACUCUGGAUGUUCAUCUGCUUCAUGGUUUUCGCCUCUGUAGGCCAUUUCUCACUCAACCAAGAUAACCCCGAGCAGACCAAAUCCGCCGGUGUUGCCAUGGUCGUGUUCGCCUGUCUCUUCAUUCUGGGCUUUGCCAGUACCUGGGGUCCGAUGGUGUGGACUAUCAUUGCUGAGCUGUACCCUUCGCAGUACCGUGCACGCGGCAUGUCGCUCGCAACGGCCUCUAACUGGCUUUGGAAUUUCCUGUUGGCUUUCUUCACCCCGUUCAUUGUCAGUGCUAUUGACUUCCGCUUUGGCUAUGUCUUUGCUGGAUGUCUCUUUCUCGCUGCGGCUGUCGUCUACUUCUUCGUCAUUGAAGGAAAGGGUCGUACCUUGGAAGAAGUGGAUACUCUUUACCUUAUGGGGGUGAAGCCGUGGCAAAGCUCCAAGUUCCAAUUUCCUGCUAAUCAGGGUAUCAUUCGGGGCUCAUUUGACAAGGGUGCUGGGACUGGUGCGUCGUCCCAUAUUGAUAAUGGAACUGGGGUUGGAGAGUCGUCUCGCAUGGCUAAUGGUGUUGAUACUGUGCCCGGGGCUGGGGCUGAGCCAGCUGGUACUGGACAGUCGUCGCGUGUUCCAGGCACAGCUUCCAAUGCUGGAGGAAAUGUGCCUAUAGGCUCAGAGAAGCAUUCUGCUGUAUAG